AUGAGCUCCGACGACCAGUCUACGGGCAUUGACUUUGCGCUCUAUCGCUACACGCCCUCUCUGGCAGCCGGAAUUCUAUUCCUAGUCCUGUUCUUGCUUACCACUGUUUACCAUGUAUACCAAGUUAUCUGCAUGCGAUCUUCAUACAUGCUGGUCUUUGUGACAGGUGGAGUCUUCCAGAUUAUAGGGUAUAUAUGUCGCAUUCUAGCACACUAUGAUAAGGAAUCCAUCCCUGUAUAUUCAGUCGGAACCAUCAUGAUCCUGCUCGCCCCACCACUCUACGCGGCUUCGAUAUACAUGACCUUAGGUCGAUUAAUCCGACACCUUGACGCCGAAUCGAUCAGUGUCGUGCCCACUCGAUGGUUAACCGGGAUAUUUCUGACGGGGGACAUAGUUGCGUUUGUCAUGCAAGCUGCAGGUGGUGGCAUCAUGGCCAGCGGCACCAUCAGUGCCAUGCACACGGGCGAGAAAAUAACCAUCGUCGGUCUCUGCAUCCAACUUCUUUUCUUCAGUGUCUUCAUCAUCACAUCUACGAUAUUCCAUUGGCGCAUCUACAAGCAGCCCACCCGCAUGUCACUCGAGGGAGCCCGGAAAAACUGGAAGCAGACCUCCUGGGAGACUAUAAUGGUCGUGCUAUACGCCUCCAGCAUAUUGAUUCUUAUCCGGUCUAUUUUCCGCCUCAUCGAAUACGCCCAGGGGAAUGAUGGCUAUUUGAUCAGCCAUGAGGUGUUCAUGUAUGUGUUCGACGCGAUGCUGAUGUUCUUCACCAUGGUUGUGAUGAGCAUUUACCAUCCGUCUCAAUUGCUGGGGAAGAGAGCAAAAGCGGCACAGCUUUCAUGCGAUUCGCGGGAGACAAGCGCAGAGAUGCAGUCUAUGGAGUCUCCGUAA